CAUAGAGAAUAAUCACUGAUCCAAUAGGAUCUACUAAAUUUUAGUCAAUAAGAAAAAACAACACAUAGUGUUGGAAAAAGUGUAGAGAUUAUGUUUUAUUGCCAAUAUGAUCCAACAAAAGGAUGAAAGAUUAAACAUAAUAAAUAUAUUAAAAUUUUUUUUCCAGAUGGAGCCAAUACAAAGCAUCUUAAAUUUAAAAAAAAACAUAUAAGAUCCUUAACAAAGAGAAUUUGUUGCAGAGAACAGAACAAAACUCACAAAUCAUGACAGUUACAUAUUCUUUCCCUUGCCUUUCUAAAAUGCAAACUGGAAGAAAGCGUGUUUGGCGUCCAACAAGCUUUGUAAUUAUCGAUUAACUUUUUCUAAGCCAUGUUCUAUCAGAAGCUCUCAGACCUUAUAGACUUAAUAUCAUAAGCCAACAUCUAAUAUCAGGAUUCAGGAACACAAAGAGAGGCCAAAGAUCCUUGUGUCCUUGAUUCUGUACCUUAAGAAACCAUUCUGGUAACGAUGUCGGUAAGUUUUCUCACACACACACACACACACACACACACACACACAUAUAUCUUACAACAGGGAAUCAAACAUGAAAUUUGGUUUUAAUCAAAUAACUAUUUUCUUUUUCUUUGUUGGUGUCUACAAAUACAAUCAUCUCCUAUUUACGUCGAGUUGGGUUUAUCGAGCGUAACGUAGCUUAGUGAGAACGCAUGUCUUUUGGGCUUGGCCUAUUCAUUUGUAGGCUUAUGAGUAGGAGGGUCGGGAGUUUUUGGGGCGAAGCUCCCUCGGCAUAAUUGUCCGAACUUUGUGAUCAACUAUUGUGCUCUUGUGCAUUAAUUUAGUUAUUUGCUUUAGAACCGUUUUCGCAAUUCUAACAGUCAUAUUAAGUAUAUUUUUAACUUAUCAGCAUGUUGACCUUCAAGUUGCAGAGUAAAUACUAGGUUAAUAAGUUAUUCUAGAGAACUUAGUAAGUGUUCAUUCAUAAACCGUUAUCUAAAGCAUGUAAAAAUAAGCCGAUAUUUCAAGUUCAUAUCAAAUCAUGUUUGACAAAUCUUUUACCAAUGACUCUUUGUUAGCAGAAUUCCCACGUUCCGAAAUUUGGCAAUUGGGAAGCUGACAACAUUCCAUAUAGUGCAUGUUUUGAGAGUGCACGCAGAGAAAAGGCCGGAUUCAUAACCAAUCCGAACGAUCCAAUGGAAAAUCUAGAGGCCUUCAACAAAAAUGUUAACGCUGACGAAGCAAAAUCCUCUCAUACUUACUCUCACAAAGCAAAUUCAAGUUCAAUGGAGAAAGGAAGCCAAGAAGUACUGAGAAACAAUUCUACACGCCAUUCCCAUGGACGAAGCAGGGGAAGUAAAGGUAGCUUUACAUCAGAGUUUGGCAGCGAAAGUCGCCAUAAUGAUCACUCUGCCACCAACAAAGCUUCACAAUCAGUUCACAAAAGGAGUGUGUCCAAAGGAGUUAGUAGCAACAUCGGUAGCUUCUCUUCAUCAAAUCAUAGCAGACAUAGAAACGGAAGGCACUCUUUUAACGACCACGGGGACGAUAAAGCAACGAUAGUACCUGAAUUCGGUAAUUGGGAUGUAACAGACCCGAAAUCAGGAGAAGGUUAUACUGUUAUGUUCAACAAAAUAAAAGAAGAAAGACAAAUCACGUCUAGCCACAGGAUUCCACCGCAUAACAACGGUUCAAAUAUGAAGAAUCAAUAUGAUGGAUCUUCUUUCAGUUUAUCUAAGUAUUGUUGCUGUUUGUUUACGAGCGAAAGCAAAUGAACACGGAUAAGCUGUUUACUCUGGCUCACAAGAGACUUGAAUUUGGAGUGUUAUGAAUAAAUUUAUAAUCUUGUAAGAGCAUGAAUUAAGUCUCACAUGUAUGUAUGUAUGUUUUGAUUUUUUCUUUUUAACAUUGUGUUAAAAUGGAUGCAUGAAUGAGUAGAAUUCAUGGCUUAGUUUCAUUUUUUGCAAAUGCAUGUUUGUUUUGGUACUUCCUUAUUUAUUAAAGGUAAGAAAAUAUGUAAACUUUCUAGCUACUCAUUAAAAAUCAGAAAAAAAAUGUA